CUUCGCGUUUUCCCGACUGCAGCCUAUCAUACUUGUGGCGCCAAGAGUUGUGUGUCUGCUAUAAUUUUAUCUGUCUACUGGAUAUAUAUGAUUAGUAUCGCUUUUUGCUCAACAAGAUAUCAUGUCGAAUAGCCAUCUAUUUCUUCCAUCUGGAUUUCCACGAGCACCUCUUGGUCUUGGAAUCGGACGUUACGUCUGUCAGCUGCAGAGGAUAACUUUAAAGUUCUGCAAAAAUCAUGGCACAAGUAGAGGACUGAGAGGUUUUAUAGAACACGAUCUAGUCCAAUUUGCAAGAGAAAAUCCUGGAGUCGUUGUAUAUGCUAAACCAAGAAGACACAAGCAUCCAGUUAUAGUCGCCGAAUAUCUAAAUGGUGGUAGACAUUGGAUAGAUGUUGCUAAUUAUAGUCGGGAUGAUAUUAUAAAGUGGAUGGAGUUAUUGCGUACACAGAUUCACAACAGUUCUUCAAUGAGACUGCGCAAGCUAUGGCAUACAGAUUUUCCAUCAAUCCAAGGCCCAUGGACACCAUUUACCUUUAAAGAACCAAAAUUAAACUUGGCAAAGUUUCCUAAUAAAGAACUUGGUGCAUCUGUUAAAUUACAUCCUACAGCAACGGAACAACUUAUCGAAUUAUUCAAAGCUCAGCAGUUGGCUAAUGAAAAUAAAACAGAUGAUUCUAUAGCUGUUCAGAAAGAUAAUGAAUAUGUUCAAAAAACAUAAUUUCUAAUAAUUUUCUUCAUUUUCAUUAUUUAUAAUGUAUAUAAUAGCAUAAAAUAUACAGUAUAGAAAAUAGAA